CCGUAAAUGUCUGUCAGAGUUCACGUCGCGGCUCUUUCUGGAAUUAAUCCCAGCGAAGCACAGUUCAAGUGCGCCUCUUGUUUGUUGUUUUUAUCCCCUUUAUCUGCGCAGAUGGGUCGAUUUACACACCGGGGAACCUGUUGUAAUCUGAGGCGUCGGACUGAGGUCCCAUCAUGCAGUUUGGGCUGAUAUACCACUUUGCGUGGAGCGGGACAGCGCAGCAUCGUGUGAAACUUGAGGCGGCGGGAUCUGUCCGUGGGCGCGCACCGUGCCUGCAGGAGGACGCGUGACAUUCCCGCGGUGUGUGUGUGUGCGUGUUUUGGUGACACAGAGCGGCGUAGCGUGAACAACCGAAGCCUUCUUCGGGUUUUCUGUGGGACAUGGAGACCGGAUGCCUUCGACCUUUCCCUGUGAAAUUUGCGCGGAGGCGGCUGGAUAUUUGCUUUUUUGAAUGUAUUAUCAAGCCACGGAUGAUCCCCUUUCAGUCAAGAUCAUUGUAGAUGCCUCUUCAGCGGACAGCAUGUAGCAGGACUCCUCAGUGUGCUGUAAAUGCCUAACCAAGAGGUGCACAGGAAUGGAUCUCAUGAACUUUACAACUGUAAUCGAUAAUGGAUUUUUGGAUGAAACGCCAUCGAGCCGUGUCCUGACGGGCUGUUUUCUCUCCCUGCUCAUCCUCACCACCUUGUUGGGAAACACUCUCGUUUGCGCCGCCGUCACCAAGUUUAGGCACCUGCGCUCUAAGGUGACCAACUUUUUUGUGAUCUCGCUGGCGGUGAGUGACCUUUUGGUGGCGAUCCUGGUGAUGCCGUGGAAGGCGGUGACGGAGAUUGCAGGCUUCUGGCCGUUUGGGUCUUUCUGUGACACCUGGGUGGCGUUUGACAUUAUGUGCUCCACGGCGUCCAUUUUGAACCUUUGCGUCAUAAGCUUGGACCGGUACUGGGCCAUCUCAAGCCCCUUUCGUUAUGAAAGGAAGAUGACACCCAGGGUUGCCUAUGUGAUGAUUAGCGUGGCCUGGACCUUGUCUGUCCUCAUUUCCUUCAUACCCGUGCAACUGAACUGGCACAAGGCCCAGUCUAAAUCUUUCAAGCCUUUCACUGAGUCAUUUGUGUCACUGGGCUCAAACGCUACAUCGCACCGCAACCCAGAGAACUGUGACUCAAGCCUGAACAGGACCUACGCCAUCUCCACCUCUCUGAUAAGCUUUUACAUCCCCGUGGCCAUCAUGGUGGCCACAUACACGCAGAUCUACCGCAUCGCUCACAGACAAAUCCGGAGGAUCUCUGCUCUGGAGCGUGCAGCCGAAAGCGCCAAGAACAGGCACAACAGCAUGGGCAGAGGAUCCAGCAUCGCAGACUCUGAGAGCUCUUUCAAAAUGACUUUCAAGAGGGAGACAAAAGUGCUGAAGACGCUGUCUGUGAUAAUGGGAGUGUUUGUGUGCUGCUGGCUCCCAUUCUUCAUCCUAAACUGCAUGGUGCCCUUCUGCGAGCAGUCAAGCGGAGGAGAGGCUUUCCCCUGCAUCAGCCCCACCACCUUUGACGUGUUUGUGUGGUUCGGCUGGGCUAAUUCCUCCCUCAACCCCAUCAUAUAUGCCUUCAACGCCGAUUUCCGCAAGGCCUUCUCCAUCCUGCUGGGCUGCCACAGACUGAAUCCAGGAGGCCACAACAUACAGACAGCCAGUCUAAACAAGAAAUGACUCACGGCUCUGCCAGCACUGACUCAUUCCUUGAUUCUAAAAAGUCCAAGAGUUCUUGUUGCACCCGGUCUGAUUGACUUCAAAUGAAGAUGCAGCUGUCUGUGUUAACUCUUCGAAUAACUGAAGGGCAUUGCCACACUGUAUGCCCACUCUUGCAUUACGCGAGCAGUCGGUCGAGAGCUAACUCUGCUCGGCGUGGCCGUUCCAGUCCACAGCGGGGAGAAACUCCUGGGACAGGAAAGGGGAUUUGGGAUGGAGAUAAAGACUUUCUGGUGCUGUGCCAGGGAUCUGAGGGUGCAGCGGUGCUGACAUGCAGCUUGGAUAAAUAAUCCCCAGAGUGGGCAGAACACAUCUUGUCAGACACUGCUGUCCUCCUUACCAUCAAAUGCACUUACACAACCGAGCAUGCCAUCAACGCAUACAAAUGCUGCAUAACCGCAACUGACACACUUAAACAAAUGACAUGCAGUACAUUGCAUUACAUUAAAAUCCUGGACUCUGCAAAGACUUCAGAGGUACAGCAUUAAACCAAAUAAUCUUUUCUGUUGCAGGUAAAAUGUGCACCCUAAUAGUUCAGACAACAUUAAAAGGUUUAAUUAAAUUUUCUCUGAAAUUAAAGCUCUUUUUUUUUUACAAAAGGUUUACAUACCGACUGUUCAGAAGAGUCUUAAGGUCUGGACAAACCUCACUGAUGUGCAGUUUCAGGCAUCAAGUCUACAGGAAACUCUAGAGGUUUCAAUCGUGUUUGAUCCAAUUUGUCUUGCCAAAUCCAGUUUGUUCUAAAAAUGUUUGCUGCUUUUUGUUAGUAAGAGCUCAUCAAAAUCUAAGAGGGAAAGAUGAUUGCACAGGUGGUAAAUCUGCCUUUCAGAUUAUUGGAAGCAUUUUAUCUAAAGCUAAACCGAAAAAUGAGCAUAGAAAAAAAAAUCUAAAGGAAGGGAACUAAAUUAGAAACUGUUUAAAUAAAUAGAAAUGAUGGUUGACAUAGAUGGGAAGCCUCAAAUUAAUGUGGAAUAUUUGGGAAUCAUAAUUGUUGCUCAAGCUUAUUAAAUACACCAGUGUUUCUGAAUAUACUUUAUUGUAUUUUGCUCUAAAAUUCAACUAAACUAAACACAGCUGGCAGCCCGUAUUUACAAAAGAAAGCACAAUCCUUACACAUGAGUAGAAGUGUCACCGUAAAGGUUCAGAGAAGGGUACGAUGCUUUAACUUGCCUGUUGUUGUAUAAGGCAGUAAUCAUGUGAAGUGGUGCAAAACUAUAGCUGUGUAUUUAUUAACAUUUAAGCCAAAGGAGUGUGUUUCAUGUAUGUUUUUACGCAUCUGUUCAUCAUUAUUUGAUCAUGUUCCUGCAUUCUAUGUGCUCAAACCAGUUUCUGUAGAAAAUGGUUUUACAAUGGGGUCAGAUUCAAACUGGAUUCAUGUGGAACAACUUUGCUGCCUACUACCUCCCUGUAAGCGUUUUGAACAACUUAUAGCUUUAGAAGUUCACUUUAUAGAAACGUUUUUGCAGAAAAAAGAAAGCAGUGGCACAAUUUUUUGUUGUUUUAUUGUUAAAGUCAUUAAUUUCAGGAUUUGGGGCAUCGUGGAGAUUAGAGCUCAGCUGGACGGGCUUUGAACUGGUGACUGGAACAUUUUAUGAAUGACCAAAAACUCAAUUCCUGUUGUGCUUAUUCAACUGUCAGGUAUACUUUUUGACCUUUCUACUCAUGUUUAAUCACCAAAAGUGAAAUUAAAGAAAUGUAUUUGUGAUCUUUCUGGUUAUGAGGGUGUAUCCAGACUGGACACAUUUGGUUCCAGUAAAGUGAAUCAGAGUUCAUUUCCCUUGAUUAUCUGGAGCACAUUUUCAGUGUGAAUACACAAAAGUGGACCCUGGUCCGGGACCAGGAACUGCCACCUUUUGAGGUGGUCUCGGUUUGUUUCCAAUCAAACGGAGCUCCGGUUCAUACAGACGUUCAAAAUUGGUCAGGAAAAUUUAAAGUUUAAAUAAGUGAACUAUCCUGACAAAGAUUGCAAAGUUUAGGACUUCCAUUAUUCUUUCUUCAGUUGCUAUGCCCUGCUCUUGCCAAUGGUUGAAGAGAUCUUUAGUCAUGUGGUUUUGUUAACAAGCUUUGGUUUGAAAGGCAGUCUGAAUAUAGACCAAGCGCGAAGUUCAAGAUCUGGUUUUAGGCCGACGACCAUUUCCUGUCUGAAUACACCCUUAGUUUCAUAUUUUGGGGGGUCUUUCUGAGACUUUUGUACGUAUUUUUUUUUCUUUUAGAGUUUUUUAAGUAAAGCUCAUUUACUGAACAAAUCGUUUGGUAUUACUUUAGUAAUAAAAGGACAAAUACCAACAAAACUUGCAGUAAAUUUACUAUAUACCUCUACUGUUGAUUUAGAGAAUUUAGAAUUUCAUUGAUUCAUCAUAUAUACUUGCAAAUUGACAGCAUUUUUGUUUGAGAAAGUUUGUAUAAUUUCUCUGAAAGACAGAUUUCAAUAGGAACAAACAGGUGUCAGUGGACUGUACCAAGUUAGUUCUCAGAAUAAACAAAGAAAACAUUUUAACAAUUUGUCUUCUUUUACAGAAAUUUUCUGUACAGAUGUGUGAUUGGGUGUGCAGCUUUGACCUCCACAUGUCAGACUUCCCGGGGCUUUUUUCACACCACUGUCUAAAAAGUGAAAUGUAAUGGGACCAGCUGUGUUUUUCUCAUCCAACAUCUCACUCUCACACAGUUUUGCUGUUCAUGUGUCUGUUGAGCCUGGUGAUGUAUUGCUAUCAUUAGCAAAGUGAAGUGCCCCAUCUGGACUUGUAAACAGCCUGGAAUAAUAAAGUACUGCAACCACUGUG